ACAAAAUUAGCAACUAGUUGCCAAAAAAAAAAAACAAACGUUUCCUUUCUCUAUUUCUCUCUUUAUUGAAUUCCAGUAAACAAAUCAAUCGUAAUCAUACAAAUUUUUUGUUGCGAUUAUACCAAAAACAAUAAUAAAGCCAGAAAAGAAAAACAAUCAUCAAAAAAAAGUAUACAAAGUACGCGCCAUUCCAAUUGGAAAAGUCAUGUUAAACAGCGCCAAUAACAAUUUUGUGCAGCAUCCGGUGGCCGCACAAACCGAGGGCAACAUGAAUGGGUAUAAUAGGAAGACCCCGCAGAAGCGGCGCUAUGAAAUGCCAAAAUUUGCUGUGCCACCGAAGAAGAAAGCCGGGAAGGAACGCAUACCACAGCCCAAAAACACAGUCGCCAUGUUGAACGAGUUGCGACAUGGCCUGGUGUAUAAAUUGGAAACACAGACUGGUCCGGUGCACGCACCAUUAUUUACGAUCUCAGUUGAGGUGGAUGGCCAGAAGUACAUGGGCCAAGGGCGAAGCAAAAAGGUUGCUCGCAUCGAGGCAGCUGCCACGGCACUGCGCAGCUUCAUUCAGUUCAAGGAUGGCGCUGUCCUGUCGCCGCUGAAGCCAGCGGGCAACUUGGACUUCACCAGCGACGAGCAUCUAGAAAACGAUGUUAACAAGAGCGCCAUAGCGGUUGAUGGACAGAAGAAGGUGCCAGACAAGGGGCCCGUGAUGCUCCUCUACGAGCUCUUCAAUGAUGUCAACUUCGAGUGCAUGAGCAUUGACGGUGCCCAGAACAAUUGUCGCUUCAAGAUGACCGUCACCAUCAACGAGAAAAAGUUCGAUGGCACAGGUCCCUCCAAAAAGCUGGCCAAAAAUGCUGCCGCAAAGGCUGCGUUGGCCUCGCUUUGCAAUAUCUCCUACAGUCCAAUGAUGGCGCCUCAGAAGAAUGUUCCACUUCCAAUCGACGACAAGUCAUCGUCCAUGGAGUUGCCACAGAUUCAUGCCGACACCAUUGGCCGGCUGGUGCUCGAAAAGUUUAUGGAGGUCAUUAAGGGUCAGGAGGCGUACUCACGCCGCAAGGUUUUGGCGGGCAUUGUCAUGACGGAGAACAUGAACUUCAGCGAAGCCAAGGUCAUAUCGGUUUCAACGGGCACCAAGUGCGUCAGCGGCGAGCACAUGAGUGUCAAUGGAGCUGUGCUCAACGAUUCCCACGCCGAAAUCGUCUCCAGGCGUUGCCUUCUCAAGUACUUGUAUGCACAACUGGAUCUACAGUGCAGUCAGGCAACAGCAUAUCAGUCGAUUUUCGUGAGGAAUACAGAUGGGCAAUACCCUUAUAAACUAAAAUCCGGGGUACAUUUCCAUUUGUAUAUAAAUACAGCACCUUGUGGGGAUGCACGGAUAUUUAGUCCUCACGAAAACGACACUGGUGUUGACAAACAUCCAAAUAGGAAAGCACGCGGUCAGCUGCGCACGAAAAUCGAGUCCGGCGAGGGCACCAUACCGGUGAAGAGCAGCGACGGUAUACAGACCUGGGACGGGGUGCUGCAGGGCCAACGUCUGCUAACCAUGUCGUGUUCGGACAAAAUUGCGCGUUGGAACAUCGUGGGCAUACAAGGUUCGCUGCUAUCCUCCAUUAUUGAGCCGGUGUAUCUGCACUCGAUUGUGCUGGGCAGCCUGCUGCAUCCGGAGCACAUGUAUCGUGCGGUGUGCGGGCGGAUUGAGAAGUCUAUACAGGGCCUGCCGCCGCCAUAUCAUUUAAAUAAGCCACGUCUGGCCCUGGUUACGUCCGCAGAGCCUCGCAACCAAGCCAAGGCACCCAAUUUCGGCAUCAAUUGGACCAUUGGCGAUACGGAGCUCGAGGUGGUCAAUUCUCUGACUGGCCGUACCAUUGGAAAUCAGGUGUCGCGCAUUACAAAGCAAGCAUUCUUUGUUAAAUACGGUUUUCUGAUGAAAAAUUUACCGGGCAUAGUCAGCCGCAAGGUAACGACAGACUACGGUCAGACGAAAGCCCGUGUCAAGGACUACCAGAUUGCCAAACUGGAGUUGUUUGCUGCAUUCAAGCGUGAGGAUCUCGGCAGCUGGUUGAAGAAGCCCAUUGAGCAGGAUGAGUUUGGACUUGCCGAAUGACUGCACUUAGCAGGAAACGCGACGGCCAUACCAACAACAAUACACACCAAUACCAAUGUAGUAGUAAAUUAUUCGAGUAUCAAACCGAAAGAAAAAGACAAGAGCAGCAAAUGCGUUGGCAGCACUGGCAGAGACAAUGGCAACCGCAAGCAAUUAAUAGACGUAGGCGUUGUAGCUCGUACAACAAAAUCUAGUUUAGUAUGCAAUCUUAAUUUGGUGCAAGCAGAGCAAAGCAAACAAUUUCAUUUGAUUGAUAAAAUGCUUGAUGUAAAGAUAAUGUAUGCAAUGCGCAGCUAUGCAACUGAAGAUGCUAAUGUUCGAAAGAUGAACAAUUGCUCUAGAAUAUUUCUAGAAUAGAGUGUAGUUUUUAUGCUGGAACUGAGUAAAGAAGUAUUAUGGCGUUUUAGUAGAAAUCAAUUUAUUAUUUUCUAGCCACCAAUCGCCCCACACACACACACACACACACACACACACACAUACAUACACAACACACAUACACCUAAACUUAUACGCAAACACAUUUUACAUCUCUCACUCCCUCUCUCAAUUUCUAUAUUUAUAUCCUACCCUCUCAAACUAUACGUCUUUCUUUAUAUAUAUAUAUAUAUUUAUAUAUAUCUCUCUCUAUCUCUUUCUCUCUGUACACAACUAACUCUUGAUAUAAUAAUUGUUAGUUGCAUACAUUUGACUAAGUAUCACCUGCUAAUAUAAUCUCUUAUGCAAUAAAUACAGUCAUAACUAAAUACACAUUCACAGCCACGCCCACGCACACGCAUGUCAACCUCAAUUACAACAACAACAUAGGUGUAUAAAAUACAAUGUAAGAAAUAAAUAUCAAACAAUAUUUGUAACACUCAUAGACGUUCUGAUUUCAAAUUUGUCUAAGGCUAGCGACUUAUGUAUUACCUCCUAGACUAUGAAGUCGUUUGAAAGGAACAGAUGAAGCAGAAAAAUAUAUUUAAGAAGAAAACCCAAAUAAUAAAAAAAAAAAACACAGGCAUAGUUUGGGUGUAAACGUAAUGUUCGCUGAACUCUUACAUUCAACUUUAUUGUUACCCUGACUUGCAGGCGUAUAAAGAUCCCUUUCCCACGCCGUUGAAAUAGCGUCGUCGGUUUACUUUCCCGUCUCACUCAGUAUUCUGUUACGUCAUUUUUCAUUAAGCGCUUCUCCAAUGGGUGCUCUACGAAUACGAAUACCAUGCAACGAAACAAUUUUACCUUCCAAUAUUUUAUUUGUGUCUAUACUCCAAAACAUAUUUGGAUUUUAAGUUAUAAUAUUUUUGUAUAUAGCGCAGUAGAGAGAUCCUCUGUUAGUAAAUCGUGAUCAUGUACUUAUUGAGUUCCUUUAGGUUUUGUUUGUAUAUUUAUUAUUCUUAUGUUUACUUAAACCAUGUUGUGCAGCACCCAAUAUUGUUUGAUGAAUUUCUCUAUAUUAUUUUUAUAUUUAUUUAUUAGUACUAUUAUUUGUUAUUGUCACUAUUUUCUUGAACUAGCACGUGACCAUAUGCCGGGUUUUUAUUUGUUCCUGUGAUAUAUUCUUCCAAAAGCAACUUUCCAAGAUCUUCCAGUGCAGCACAAUCCAUAGAGACUCAUAUAGAAAGGAGUGUUUUUUUAAAAUAGUCAUGGCAUGUGUUUGAGCUUUUAGCUGAGUGGGUCCAAAGUGAUUUGUUUGGGGCUUCAAUUGAGCAAGUCAGCAUAGAGACAGUCAGAUAGACAGACAGACAGAAUACAGAAAAAUAGUUCAGCAUCUUCCAAAAUCACACAUUGCCCAACUUCUCCUUCAUGUUAAAGAUUAAAUAUUGAAGAUUAAAGAUUUACAUAUGUAACGAAAAUGCGACAAAUGCAUCGAGAUGCUCAGACGUGGCAUGCGGUCUCUGUUUUGUCAAUUGGAAUCUGAAAGACUUUAAAAGUGGACUAAUUGAAUAAAAGAAAGUAUAUACAAGAAUAAAAUUUAAAUUUAAAAUACAAAACUAACCAAUCAAGUGCAUAACGAAAUAUAAAAGUAAUGCAAAUACGAAUCAUAUGAAUAUUUUUAAUGGUUUUGAAAUUAACUUAUUUUCCUUCAUUAUUUCUUUUAGUUUUUGUACAAAAAACCAACAUUGACACUAAUUUGUUGGACACCUGAAAUUCAAUUGUUUGGUCAUCGUUAUAAUUUGUUUUUGGUUAUAAAUAUACAAGCAUUUUUCUCACCUACACGACGAAUAACAUUUUUGUAAUCGUAUACGUAAUGGAAAUUACUUUUAGGAAAAUCAGAAAAAGAAAACAAAUAUCGAAUACAAUAAACAUAUUAAAGAAACUCUUAAAGCGUAACUCAAAACACAAAACCAACUUGGGCGCGUAUACAAAAUUCAAAGGAUAAUAUUUACGAGUAUAUAUAUAUAGUAUAAAAAUAGUUCGUUUUGACGAGAUGCGCUAUAUUUAUUAAAUACAUAUGUACGCUCCAAAGUAGCCAGAAAAUGUAUGCUAAAAACCCAACUAAAUCCUAUGAUCAAACUAUGAAACUAAUAACGAGAAUAUCUAAAGGGAAAUUAAAUAUAUAAAAAGGAAAAAUAUUAACGACAACUUUUCAUAAAAGUAAACAACUUUGCGCUCUGCAAAAUGCAUGAAGCCUUUUCUUCAAAUUAUUUAGUGCAAUACAAAUAAAUUAAUUAACUAAAAUUAAACACAACAUUUAACGAACAUUUUAAACAGAAAUCGAAUAAACAAUUUAAUAAAAAAAAAGAAAAGAAAAACAUAAAAUCAAAAACAAAACAACUAAAUUGUAGACUAGCAGUUGAAAAAAUACGCUCACACCUACACGAACACAUUCACCAACAUACACACACAGAGAAACAUUCACACAUACAUAUACAAAUGACUGCAAGGUGAUGUGCAAAAUGAACGAAUUAUUAGUAUUAUAAACUUAUAUGGUGCAUGAAUAAACGAUAUAAAAUGCGCCAUAACUUGUAUUCAAAGCGUAGUGUAGUGAUUUUCCAAAAUACAACUUUUACAACACACACACACACACACACGCAAAAAACAAACGUACGGAAAAUUGCAUAAAAUCUUAACAAACAGCGACAAGGUGGUGUGGUUUAGGAACUAUUUCAGUUACAAUUUCUGCAUGAUUAGGGCAAUCGAAAUUGAUGAAAUGCAGGGGAUUUUAAAUAAACAACCAGUCUGUUAUAUUAAUUCCAAGGAAAGAAUUUCGUAUGUUCUGUAACCAAAAUGCUGAGAAGUAAUGGUUAACCUGUGUAUGUCUGUCCGGCAAAUGAGACCCCACAAUUGUCGGGAAAAUUUGGUUUAUUUCCAGUCCUAUUUCACGAUCGAGAUUUGUGGCAUAUUUUAAUGAAGUUUGUUGAGAUAGGCCAUGAAAAAAUUUGUAAAUAAUUAGCUAGCACAUUUUUCAAAUUUCAGAAGCAUGGCAUGAACCAAUAACAAUUCUUCAGAGAUGAUUUUUCAAAGCAUUAUAAUAAAAUGUUGGGUGCAAAUUUUUUCAAUGUCUGUCAUGUGGGGUAAUAAUAUAUGCCAUGAAUAAAACAAAUAUGAUUCAGUUUUUCGGACAAUUCGCUUGAAUUAUUAUUCGUUAAUCGUUAGCUUUAUAGUUCCGUCAAUAUUUAAUUCCCAGUUAUGAUUUGCUUUGUCCGCUGGGUACUUUUUUUUGUAUAGUUGGAACGGUCCAACUAUUGGUUCCUUAAUUGUUUGUUGCGGAGAAGCUGCAGCUGUAGUGUGAACAAGACGAAAAAAAGAUAACGAUACAGAUAAAACUCAUUAAAAACUCGGCAAUCUAGCUGGCUGGUGCAUUAGCUUUUUUCACUUGGACAAUAAGAGAUGCUUGUAAUUUUGAAACGAAAUUCUCGCUGUAAGUUCUUUGAUUGCUUUUAACUAGAACCUACAUGUAUUUCUCUUGCUCACACUACCAGACAUUGCUUACAGGUGCAUGCAGUUAGUUAAUAGCCAAGAUUCCAGAGUUCGGUUACUUACACUAUGUAGUAGUAUAUAUUUGGAUAGUAAAUCCAUUUCAUUUGCCCUACUUGUGAUUUGUUUUUGUUUUUGGGUUUGGUUCAACUAGCGAACACAUCAUACACAACGCUGAAUCAUAGAUGAAAUUAUAUAUGUAGAGCUUGGGUAUAGUUAAUGCACACACACCCACACACAUACAUACACACAAACACACACUUGGGCCUGUAUACACAUACACAUGUGUGUGUAUAAUUACACAUAUAUAGUACGAGUAUACAUAAGUAUAUAUACAAUGAAUUUUAGAGAGGAGAAAGCAAAUAUACAUGCAUACAACAAAUAAACAAAGAACAAAGAUAAAUACUUACAAGUAUAUACGAAAAUAAUUAAUGAAAAAAGAAAACAACAACAAUUACAAAUAACAAACAAAUACAUAAUAACAGACAUAUAUAACUAAAUUUGACCUUAUAUAAAAUACUGUGAUACUAAAUUUUACUAGUACUUCCAGCAUAGCUGCAUUUUAUCCAUUCUAAAAUAUUCUAAGUUAUAAAAACAACAACAACAACAACAAGAAGAAUAACAACAACAGCAAAAGAAUAUGGAGAUCAAGAAUAUGAAUACGAUGAACAGCAUGAAUAUGGCAUUAAAAUGAAAUUGAACA